CAAAGGGUCUUAGCAACGUGACAUAGCAACUACAAGCAGAAAGCAAAUAUGGCUGCCACGACACAAGGAAGACGAUUAGACGUAUUAGCGCGUCCGAAACCAAUCCCGUCUGGGAUGAUUGAAGACAGACGCUCUGUGUACUGGGUUGACAAAGUUCCCCCACAACCCAAAGGUGGAACAACAGUGUUUGUUUUAACACCAAGACAGGAUCAGCUUGCUCAGACUAAAAAUGUCAAUAGCAAUUUCAAAGGGGAUCUGCUGACCCCAAUAUGGAGAGUGAACAAAGCCGCUAUGUCAACUGAAGCUAGUCCACGUGUCCAGGCCCUGGCUGAGCACAAGACCGUCCACAGAGAACACAAGAUGGAGAGAUCUGUUUACACCAGGGUGACCCCAGGCGCAAGGGGAGGUGAGGCAUCAGAAAGGCUAGAUGCAAUGGCCAAACCUAAACGCUGUGGGACAUAUGGUCAGAUCACAGACGGAGAUCAUUUCUUUCAAUUAUGGCAGUUACCUAUUCCAGUACCAGGACCUGCUAAAUAUGCAUCUUGCACACCACGUGUUGAAGCUCUUGCUGAGGCAAAAGAUUUUAAUCCACAAUAUCAUGGAGCUAGGACUAUACAGUGGCCUGUCACUGAUCCUGCUAAAAAGGCACUAGCUACACUCAGAGUCCAACAGCUUGCCCGUCCUAAAAGCAGAGGGGGAAACGAUGAUUAUGAUCCUUAUAGGGUAUCAGGUGCAGCUAAGUUGGCACGUGCAACACCAAGAGUUCUAGAACUUUGUGAACCUAUUCCUAGAAAAAUCAGACAGAAAAAAGUGUUUGUCAAGGAGUAGUGUUUAUUACUAAGUUCAACUACAGUGCAAGUUGGAACUAAUCUGACACCAGCAACAUUAACCAAAGACUAAUAUACCCAUGGUGUGUGGUUAGAUUUGACAUGUACUGUACCUAUAUACACAUAUUAUAUAGAGCACAUCACUAUGCAACUUCAUCACAAUGCCUGCAAAGUAUUAACAAAAAAAGUCAAAUCUUUGUGUAACAAAAUCAAUGGGGAGUGGGGAAGGGUGUUAUAAUCUACAAGGUGAAAAAUGUUUGUGUUAUCAAUUUGUAUGUUCAAUUUAACAUGUUUAAAGUCCUUAGCCUUAUGCAUUCUUAGCCUUAUGCCGAAGAAAGUAUUAUCAAAAUGUACAAUCAUGCAUGUAAAACAGUAAAUUGCCAGUAUUUAUUUAAAAUCCAACUUUAAAAAGUAUUACUACCAUGUGGCAUUUUAGUUUUUUGUAUUGUUAAGUGACCAUCCAAAAGAUGGCAACAUAUUGUUAUGGUUGCAUUGAUACAGAUUAACCAUGACAGUUGACAUGAAACUCAAACAGUGAACACAUAUUGACACAUUCAUAUUUUGAAGAUAUAAAUGUAAUGUAUGUUUCAAAGAUGAUGGAAUUUUGUUACGCUGUAACCUGGUAACCUUUAGUUUUGUGUAAAAUUUUGAGGAUACAAAUUGUGCCAAGAAUCUACAAAAAAUACAAUCGAUAUUACAAUCAAAAAUUGCUAUAAAUUGAAUAAUCAAUGUUAACAUGAUUGUGUAUAUUUAAAUGGAUAUUAUGUACUAAUAAAAAUGCACUUUCAUAAUCCUAUACACCUCAUAAGAACAAUGCCAAAUCUGAACCAAUCAACUUUAUAUACUGUAAAGAUGUUAUCUAGUCACAUUUCUAUUUGUAAGAAUCAUGCAUUUAACUGUACAGUAUUGUGAACUUGGCACUCCAUCAUAUAAUAUUAUGCAAAUAAAUUCAUUAUAUACAUUACUUCAAUAAAGAUUUGAUUUUGUGCAAUCUUUAGUUAGUAACACCUGGAGGAAUGAGCCUUUUGUGCUGUCGAUUUCAGACAGUCAUCAAAAUAUGUCCAAGGCUUCCAACUCUGUCCCAUUACUUUUUAUUUAAGAAAUAUAGACCGAAGAGCAGGGGUAAUAUUGUCGAAUACACCCUGCAGG